AGAGCAGCCUCCGCUCCGCUAAUUAAGAUGCCUCGAAUCUUCCCUCUUGUCUUGCUCUUCUCCGUCCGUUCCAUUCCAUGACCAUAAAAGUCCCACAAACUAACUAUCACCUAUCACAUAUAUAUAAACAAACACCUACCCACCAAGUAAAUUCAAAAGGUCAUUACCUCAAGAGACCUCCAAGUUUCGUGGCUAAAAAUCUAUUUUGUUGUUGUGAUCAGCCAAAGAGCUGCAACAAUAUAUAGAUAUGGCAGCCGCCAGAUCGGUCCCUACUUCUGAGCCUUUGGCUCUUCGUCUUCCUGCUGCUGCUUCAUGCCGCUGUUCCAACAAUUCGAUAGGUGUGGCGAUUACGCAGCUAACCAGAGGAUUUCAGGAUGGCAGAGAAAAGAAGAUCGGGCUUGUAAGAAGUAUUGCCGGCGGUGAUGUUGGUAAGAAACAACGGCUGGCUGCGACCACUUCAGAGGAAGUGGUUACUUCAGAGCGUCAGACGAAUAUUAAUGGAGGAGUCGUAGCACUGGAUGAUCAUUUGGCUUCUCUGCUGGCAAAGGUUGCUGAUCCGGCCCUUGUGAUCUUAAAGUUGGCCAUCAAACGACAGCCAUGGAACAAGUUAUACGCACAGAUGUUCAUUGAAAGAGCCAUACUUGAUUGUCGGUUCUUUACAUUGUUCGCUGUCGUGGGGUCUUGUCUUGGCUCGGUAUUGUGUUUCGUGGAGGGUUGUUUCAUCGUCGCAGAAUCAUAUUUUCAGUAUUUUCUUGUAUUGUCCCAGAGAUCAGAUCCAGGAUCCGUAGUGCACCAACUAAUUGGAGCAAUAGAUAUGUUCCUUGUAGCUGCUGCAAUGCUUACAUUUGGGAUGGGAGUCCAUGUGAUGUUUGUGGGAUCUAAAAAUCUGCAUGGGACGAGAUCAAAAUUACCAGCGUCAAACUUGUUUGGACUUUUCCCUCUCAAGGCACUUCCAAGGUGGGUUUGCAUGCAGUCAGUGAAGGAAGCAAAGUCGAGAAUGGGACAUGCGGUGAUUAUGAUACUACAAGUGGGAGUGUUGGAGAAGUUCACGACCAUACCACUUGUAACUGGGUUUGAUCUUGCCUGCUUUGCUGCUGCUCUCUUGGUUUCCUCAGCUUGUAUAUUUCUACUUUCACGGCUAUCUUUCGGUGGCACAGCAUCACAUAUGUAGCUAGCCUCUGCAAGGAAACCAAUCUUUUCCACUUCUUCUUCAAAAAGGGAUCAUUCGAAGAGUAAUUAAUAAAAGCAAAAAGCUCUUGCCAGAGAGAUAUUUAAUUACAUGCUGAAAAGCAAAGCACGCCAGCCAAGAGCAACCAGUCCCCACCCCCGGGGGUUUUCGUGUAUGAAUCGAUUAGUUCCUUUAAUUUGUAUUUUGCCAUUGUUUUAUUAAUUUAGAAUAAAUUAAGAGUUAUAUUUUCUGAGGUUGUCGAAUGGGGUUUCAGUGAUUUAAAGCUUAUUUUAUUUUGUCUAUAUAUAGAAAAAGUCCGUCGCACCAAAUUAAGAGUGCAGGCGAACUUUCAAGUUGAUUUUUCUGUU